CGCAUGCCAAGGGAAACCCGCCCCAUCGAAUUGCGGAAACUUAUGCCCUUCUCCGACUCGGCACGCAAGUACAGAACAUCGGAUUCUAUACAUAGCGAGGAUGAAGAGCCUUUGAUGGACGAAGAAGCAUUGCUGGGUUCCACGGCGGAUAACGACGAAUCAAUAGAUAGACACCAUCCACGGAAACGAAAGGCAAAAGGAAAAUCAACUCUCAGUAAUGUAUUUCAGCGAGCUCCAAAAAGCCUAAACGCUCGAACAAUCAAUAUUCAUGAAGAUGAUCGAGCGAAGAAGAAGUUUUCUCCCAAUCUGAUUGUCAAUCAGAAGUACAAUAUAAUAACCUUCUUACCACUUGUGAUGUACGAGCAGUUCAAAGUUUUUUUCAACCUGUAUUUUCUUCUGGUUGCUUUAUCUCAAUUUAUUCCAGCCUUAAAGAUUGGAUAUAUUUUCACGUACUUUGGACCACUCUGCUUUGUUCUCUUGGUUACGAUUAGCAAGGAGGCAAUGGAUGAUUACCAACGUUAUGUACGAGACAAAGAAGCCAACUCACAACAAUACAUUGUCCUCUCAUCUACCGGACAGCGCAGUAUACCCAGUUCUAAAAUUCGUGUUGGCGAUCUUGUCGUUUUGAAGAAAGAUCAAAGAGUACCCUCUGAUAUGGUUUUGUUACGCACAACUGAAGCGAGUGGCGCAUGCUUCAUUCGCACGGAUCAGCUCGAUGGUGAAACCGAUUGGAAAUUACGCUUGGCAGUGCCUACCACACAAAAUUUGCCUACCGAUGACAGCAUUAAUCAACUGGAAGGAGAGAUCUACGCCGAUGCCCCUCACAAGGACAUUCAUUCUUUUCUUGGAACUUUCACUCAGUUCAAUACCAACAACGGACAACCUCAUGUUGACGCUCUUGGUGUUGAAAAUACGCUGUGGACGAACACUGUCCUUGCAUCUGGAACGGCCGUUGGAUUUGUUAUAUAUACCGGUAAAGAUACUCGUGCUGUCAUGAAUACAAGUCAUCCAGAGACCAAAAUUGGUCUUUUGGAUAGAGACAUCAAUCGACUCGCAAAGAUUCUCUUUCUCGUAACUUUGGCACUUUCUAUUGUUAUGGUUGGCCUGAAUGGAUUCCAAGGAAUAUGGUAUAUCUAUGUGUUCCGAUUCCUUAUCUUAUUUUCGUCUAUUAUUCCCAUCAGCUUGCGCGUCAAUUUGGAUAUGGGCAAAACGGUCUAUGGUCGACAAAUAGAGCAUGAUAGAGAAAUACAAGGCACCAUUGUUAGAACUAGCACUCUGCCUGAAGAGCUUGGCCGAAUAGAAUAUUUGCUAACGGAUAAGACGGGAACUCUUACAAAGAAUGAUAUGGAACUCAAGAAGCUACAUAUGGGCACGAUGUCUUAUGGAAUUGAUUCUAUGGAUGAAAUCGUUUCCCAUCUUGAGACAGCAUAUGAACAGACACGACCUAGCUACAAGCGUGCGGGAACUUCUGCAAAUAUACAACCCAGUGGAGGUAUCGUUGGAAUUUCCGGAAAGGGGCGCCGAGAUAUCUCUUCUCGCAUAAAGGAUAUUGUGCAGGCCUUGGCACUUUGCCAUAAUGUCACACCUGUUAUUAGCACAGAUGGGACCAUUGCAUAUCAAGCCUCCAGUCCUGACGAAGUGGCGAUUGUGAAGUGGACUGAACAAAUUGGUGUCGCUCUUACUUUCCGUGACAUUCGAGAGAUCCAUCUGCGCAUUGCUUCAUCAGGCGAUAUACACGAGUUCGAAGUCCUGCAAGUCUUCCCAUUCACUAGUGAAUCCAAGCGCAUGGGUAUCAUUGUUCGCGAUAAGUUGACCAACGAAAUCACCUUCUAUCAGAAGGGUGCCGAUGUUGUUAUGAGCCGGAUUGUCCAAUACAAUGAUUGGUUGGACGAGGAGUGUGGCAACAUGGCUCGCGAAGGUCUCAGAACUUUGGUGGUUGCAAAGAAGCGCCUAUCUGAGGAAGCAUACGAAGACUUUAGACAAAGAUAUCAUGAAGCGGAAACUAGCAUUCACGACCGUAAUGCCCGCAAGCAGGAGGUCGUAGAAAGCUGUCUCGAAAGCGACUUAGAACUCUUGGGAUUGACGGGUGUUGAGGACAAGCUACAGGAUGGUGUCCGCAAUACAUUGGAAUUGAUGAGAAACGCAGGAUUGAAGAUUUGGAUGUUGACAGGUGAUAAGAUCGAAACCGCAACUUGUAUUGCAGUAUCGUCUAAACUAGUUUCCCGAAAUCAAAACAUUCACCAAAUUUCAAGACUAAAAUCCUCCAUGGAGGCCCUUGACGAGCUUGAUAACUUAAGGUCAAUGACCGACUGCUGUCUUGUUAUCGACGGUGAAUCACUGCAGCUGUACUUGGAUAAUUUCAACGAAGAUUUUAUUGAGCUGGCAACAUCUUUACCUGUCGUGGUUGCCUGUAGAUGCUCUCCCACUCAAAAGGCGGAUAUCACAAGGUUGAUCAAAGCAUAUACACGAAAGCGUGUCCUUUGUAUUGGUGACGGCGGCAACGAUGUCAGCAUGAUUCAAGCCGCCGAUGUCGGUGUUGGUAUUGUUGGAAAGGAAGGACGACAGGCUUCUCUCGCCGCUGACUUUUCGGUGAUGCAGUUUAGUUAUCUGACCAAGCUUCUUCUUUGGCAUGGACGUAACAGCUACAAACGGUCAGCAAAGCUUGCGCAGUUUGUCAUUCAUCGUGGUCUCAUCAUAUCGGUGAUGCAAGCUGUUUUCUCGGCUUUCUUCUAUUUUGCUCCUAUUGCUCUUUACCAAGGCAUGUUAAUAGUCGGAUAUGCUACUUUGUAUACUAUGGCUCCUGUGUUCUCGCUAGUUCUGGAUCAAGACGUCAGUGAAGAUAUAGCGCUGCUAUACCCCGAACUAUACAAAGAUUUGACAAAGGGACGAUCACUGUCGUACCGAACAUUCUUUACUUGGCUCCUCAUCAGCGUUUAUCAAGGAGGAGCGAUCAUGAUCUUGUCCAUUCUUUUGUUCGAGGAUGAAUUCAUCCAUAUUGUAUCUAUAUCGUUUACGGCGUUGAUCUUUAAUGAGUUAUUAAUGGUUGCGUUCGAGAUCAAUACAUGGCAUCGUAUCAUGAUUAUAUCAGAAAUUGUCACUAUUCUCAUUUACGUUGGAUCUAUGUGGGUCUUACCAACCUACUUUGACAUGACAUUCAUCCUGACGACACGGUUUGUGUGGAAGGUUGCUGUAAUAACAGCGGUCAGUAGUUUGCCAUUGUACUUUGUCAAAUUUAUCAAACGACGGUACGCUCCUCCAAGCUAUACAAAAUUGACGUAGCAGUCACAAAGUUCAAGGUUUUUUCUGCUCACCGUGAAUCCUGUAAACAUCUUCCAUUCCCUCCCCUCCCCUCUACACUUGUAUUAUCAUGUCACGCGAUAAUCUAUUGUUUCAAGA